AACAAGCCCUUAAGUUCCCCCAACUUCCCUUCACCCCCUCCAAAUCCAAACAAGAAGUUAUUUUACUUUCUCGUCCUCUCCUCUUUCAGCAUCCACGCGCUCUCCUGCUCGUUUGGAACCCUAAACCCUAAUGGCACCAUGAACGAACCAAAUUUCCCCAUCCCCGAUCUCAGCAACUCCACUCCCCAAAUCGACAUGGAAACCCUAGAAACCCCUCAACUCAUCCCCCGCUUGAAAUCCUCUCUCCAAAGAUCUGAAUUUGACACUGUGGAAUCUAUCCCCGUACGGAGAGAGAAAAGUCUCUCAGAAACCCUAACCCUAAAAGAAGUCGAAAGAAUCGAGCUCCAAUCCACGUACGACGGCCUCUCACGGAGAUGCACCGAGCUCGAGGAGCAAUUAGGGCGGAAGCAGAGGGAGGUUGAUGAAUUCAAGAUGGCCGUCAAGAAUCUACAAGUCGAGCUUGUGGGUCGGGAGAUGGAGUGCAGGGAGCUGAGGGCUAGGGUUUUACAUUUGGAGAAAGGGAGAGGGGUGAUUGAGAUCAGUGAUAGUGAGGAUGUCGAUGAGGAUUCUUGUAAAUAUUUGAAGAAAGAGGAGGGAAUCGUUGAGAAAGAUGAGGACUUUGUGUUGACUCCGACUCCCAAGAGGAAGCGGGCUUCGAGAAUGGUUGCCAGUGAGAGCGAGGACGAUGAAGAUGAUGUUUUUAUUUGUAAGCGCAAGAAAGAGAGGCUCUAUGAUGAGAAAGGAGAGGAACAAGAAUUGAAUGCAUCUCCUGCUGAUAGCAGUGAUCAAAGCGACGGGAGCGACAAUGAUGAUGAUGUCCCCAUUGGCAAGCUUAUUGAGAGGAGGCUUGGGCAUAACAAUGGCAAAGAGGGUGAUAAAACUCGUGCUCAGCCCCGGAAGCGUCUGGUGAAAUUAGGGGAACACAGCGCCAUGAAACACAGGGAAAAUGGAUCGUUUCCUAGAGAUUCUGUACCUCAGAAUCAGUUGCAUUCUCAAACUAAUAGCAUGAGGACAGCAAGGUGCCGAAAGCUAGUAUUUUCAGAUGUUGGAAACGGUGAAGAUGAAGAGGUGGAUGUUGAUGAUUCAGAUAGUGAGGAUGAGAGUCUGAAUGGGUUCAUUGUAAAUGACUCUGAUGAUAAUGAGAGAAAUGAAUCUAGUUCUUGUUAUAUGUCUCAAGAAGUUUCGGACAGUGAUGUUGAACUUGAUGAUGUGUUGGCUACUCUACGUCGUAAGAAAGAUACCAAGAUAUGGCAUUACGAGGCAGAUAUGCUUGCUUCAUUUUCAGAGGACCCUGAAAUUUGUAUGAAGGCUGUUUGUGCUCUUUAUCGACAGCAAACACUUGAAGAGCAGUCAGUAAAGGGGACAAUAGUUGUCAAUAAUCGAGGGUUUAAUCAAUGUGAUGCAUAUAGGGCAUCUAUGAUUGCUGAGUUUCUUCUUGAUGGAGAUACCCACGGCCCAUUGAAAAAGUCUCUUGAAGAAUUUGAGAAGCAAUACCCUGGUGGGAUCGAGUACUGUCGGAAAAUAGCUGAUCGUUACUCCAAACAGUUGUUUACUAUUUAUCAACAACAAGAGGACCCCUUCUUCUUUCCAUCAUAGUGUAGCAGUUCUCUCGCCUUUAUUUCCUGCUAAUCCGUUGUAUUUUCUACCGCAAAUACCCUAGGAAAAGCUGGACAACUCCUCUCUUGCUUUUCGCCUUUUAAUAUAUCAACUUUUGUUCCAUAUGUUGCCAGGUUUGUCUUGCUUUGUAUAUAAAAAUCUUGUGUGAGUCUUUAAAAUGUGCUGAUGAUUAAACAGUUGCUUGGUACUUACAGGGUUUGUUCUUCAGUUAA